GUCUCUGAUACUGGAGUAUUCAGCGUGUACAGAGUAACUAGCUCGUCUAUGUAUUUGCACCUUGGUCAUCUUUGCUAGAGACCUUGUAUCUUUUCCUGUCUGGUGUCAGCAUCGUCAACCUCCGCAAAGUCUAUUCUGCCCACCUACGUUACGUUACACGCGACUUUGAUCGUCGCAAAGUUACGGUUUCAACUUUUUUUUCAAACUGAUCGACCGUUGUAUUCAACACCUCGAAUUACCUACUCAGGUUGCGGCCACCAUCGCCGGCAGUCCUCUUGAGACUUGUCGACUUUUCCAUCCUCUCUCAACAAACAAUCACAACUGCCCAUCAUGAAGAUCCGAACCACGCAUUCACCAUUGAUCCUCCUCCUCCUUCCCGCCUUGGCGAAUGCGCUGUCCUCCCACGACGUUACCGACAUACCUGGCCCUGUUGCAAUUACAGAACAGACCGAUGGCCUUCCUGAGGCUGGCGUAAAGCGUCAUGACAUCCCCACGAAAGACGCUCCUGUUGAUGGCAGGGACGGAAAGCCUCACCAUGGACCGUUCAUCGAGACAGAUGACCACAAGAAGCCAGCUGAAGUUUUGCCUGAUGUCGGAUCCCCUGCCGCAGUUGGCUCUGCCUCUGGUCCUGCCACAGGUGCAGGUGCUGGUGUAGGUGCUGGAGCUGCUAUUGUACCUGAAGCUGGAGCUGCAGCCAAGGUCGACGCCAGCUCUGAAGCUCUUCCUGAGCUCAAGGGCCGACCAGAUGACCCUACUGUAGUCGAUGGCGCAAAGAUCCCCGAAACCAACGACGGCGUCAUGUUCGACAAGGACCGAGUCCACGCUCAACAAGGCACCACCGGCACCGAAGGCGGUGUGACCGAACGAUACAAGGCGCGAAAGUUGGAGGAGGAUCUUGCAGGCGAGGAAACAUUCAGAAAGCCUGCAUCUCCCAAGGAGGCCCCUCCUCUGCCACACAGUGAAGAAGAGAAGAUCCGUGCUUCUGGGGGAGACAAGACUGAGAAGACCGAGGACCAGGCCAGCGGCGAAAAGGCCGAUGACGUGAUUCCCAAGCCUGCGAAGCCCAUCAUCAGCAAUGACGAUGACCACGAUUAUACUGCAGGAUUAGGGAAGCCAGCUGAUCUCCCUGACCGACCCUCCGGACAAAACAAACCUGUGCAAGAUGCUACAAAGGCCCCACCAGUCGACCUAAGCCGAGGAACGACACACGAUGGACACCACGAUGACGAGAGCAUCAUCCAACCAUUCCACUCUUUCGUUCUCUCCUUCACCAUGAUUCUGGUCUCCGAAGUUGGUGACAAGACCUUUUUGGUCGCAGCACUUAUGGCUAUGAAGCACGAUCGCAUGGUUGUCUUUACCGCUGCCUUUGGCGCCCUCCUUGUCAUGACCGUCCUUUCAGCUGUUUUGGGACACGCAGUUCCUGCUCUGAUCCCCAAACGCGUGACUAGCUUCCUCGCUGCUGGUCUUUUCUUUGUUUUCGGCGCGAAGCUGAUGCGAGAGGGUAUGCAGAUGGACCCCAAUGAGGGUGUCUCUGCUGAAAUGCACGAGGUCGAACAAGAGCUUGCCGAGAAGGAGAAGGAAAUGGGCCGUAAGAGAGGUGAUUCCGUCUCCGCCUACACUCUUGAGAUGGGUAUGAAUGGCAAUGGCAACAGCAACGGCCGAAGAUCUCGUCCUAGCAACCGUCUCAUGUCGCCUCCUCGAUCACCUUCCCAGUCUCCUGUUAGGGACUCUCGCUCUGGUUCUGGUGCUGUCUCUAGCGUUGUUCAAGGUGCUACCAACCUUUGCUCUCUCUUGCUCAGCCCUGCUUGGGUGCAGACCUUUAUCAUGACUUUCCUUGGUGAAUGGGGUGACCGAAGUCAGAUUGCUACUAUUGCCAUGGCUGCUGGUCAAGAUUACUGGUGGGUAACUCUGGGUGCUACAUGUGGUCAUGCCAUCUGCACUGGUGUUGCUGUUAUCGGUGGCCGUGCCAUCGCUGGUCGAGUCAGUCUGAAAGUCGUCACUGUCGGUGGUGCCACUGCUUUCCUUGUUUUUGGCGUCAUUUACCUCCUCGAGUCUCUUUACAGUUAGAGGUGAAACUUUAACAAUGCACAAGUUUCUUUUCUCUUUAACAGGCCGUGGUUUUCACGCCUAUCGUCAUCGGAGACCAUUUGCCUAUUUGAUGUCUAACUCGUUGUAAUUAUUAACGGCCACUAUAAAACAAAAAAAGGGAUCGGGAUUCCCG